ACAUUUGGUCGUUCGUCCCAGGGUUUAGUCGUCCCCUGACACCGUCCCGACUCGCUCGGCAAAAGAAGAGAAGGGGGAGGAAGCGAGGCGAUGGACGAGGAGACGAAGCGACAGAUCGAGGAGACGGUGCUGCAGAUCCUGAGGGACGCGGAUAUGACGAGCACGACCGAGUUCAAGGUCCGCUCCUUGGCGGCCCAGAGGCUCGGCAUCGACCUCUCCCACCGCGACCGCAAGCUUUUCGUCCGUGGUAUCGUCGAAUCCUUCCUCAUCUCACAGAAUAGUAACGACGGCCAUGACGACGACAAAUCCGAUCCGGGACAAGAACAAGAGGAAGUGGCGGUGGAGCAACCGGAACGAGAUCGAGAGGAGGAGGAGGAAGAGGAAGAGGAAGAGGAAGAUGAGGAUGAGGGCGCGAAGAAGAGGCGUCGUGGGCCCAAAGAGUAUGAUGAUGACGGCGAUCUAAUCAUUUGUCGCUUGUCGAGUAAGAGAAGGGUGACGCUUCAGGACUUCAGAGGGAAGACGCUGCUGUCGAUUCGAGAGUACUAUAUGAAGGACGGCAAGGAGCUGCCUUCCUCCAAAGGGAUAAGUUUGACGGUUGAACAGUGGGAAGCGUUUCGGAAUGCUGUACCUGCAAUUGAGGCUGCCAUCAAGAAGCUGGAAGGGUCGGACUGAAAAAUGAUGUUUGCAAGACCUCUACUUGAAAGAAGUGCCUUUUUGAUGAGGUGACCUUGAAUCUGAUGAAGCCGAAUAGGAAGGACCCUGCCAAGUCAACCUUCAAGAAGGUGAAUUUUGUUUUUUGUAGUAGCUAAUGUGACAUAAAAUAGUUAGUUUAGGGUUCUACUUCUGUCAGCUGGAACUCAUAUAUAUCGAAGGUGAAGCAUGACGAUAUAUGUUCGUAGA